UAUAUAUCUGCCCUAAGCGGCUGGAGGUGUCUGCGACUCUGUUCUCUCUCGAUUCAUCUUUCCUUCUCUUGCCGCCACCGCCUGAAGGUUUUCUUCGUCGCGCACGGCACUCUGAAGCUGCUCCUCGCCGCCGCAAAGGGUAAUACUAUCUUGUUUUUCAAUCACCAUGUUUGGUUCAUCAGAAGAAGCUGGUAUGUUCACGGUUCAUCGAACCGUCGGCAGCGUUUUGUGUUGCAAAUGUGGAAUUCCGAUGCAACCGAACGCUGCCAACAUGUGUGUCAAGUGUCUGCGCUCUGAAGUGGACAUCACAGAGGGGCUCCUCAAGCGGCUCGUGCUCGUGCACUGCCCCGAGUGUGAGAGUUACUUGCAGCCGCCGAGGACUUGGAUCAAGCUUCAAUUGGAAUCCAAGGAGCUGCUCACAUUCUGUUUGAAGAAGUUGCAGAAGAAUAUGAGCUCCAGCAAAGUGAGGAUGGUGCAUGCUGAGUUUAUCUGGACUGAGCCUCAUUCCAAGAGGAUUAAGGUUAAUGUCAAGGUUCAGAAGGAGGUUUUGAAUGGGGCGAUUCUCGAACAGUCUUAUCUGGUUGAGUAUGUUCAGCAGGAACAUCUGUGUGAAUCUUGUUCCAAGGUGGCGGCUAACCCGGAUCAGUGGGUUGCGGCUGUGCAACUCAGGCAACAUGUUUCUCAUAGGCGAACCUUCUUUUAUUUGGAGCAGCUGAUUCUGAAGCACGGUGCUGCUGCCAGUGCUAUAAGGAUCAAACAGAUGGAUGAGGGCAUUGACUUCUAUUUCUCUAAUAGAAGCCAUGGUGUCAAGUUUGUGGAAUUUAUAGGGAAAGUAGCUCCUAUAAAGAGCCGUAGUGAUAAGCAGCUUGUUUCUCAUGAUACAAAGAGUAAUGAAUACAACUACAAACAUACAUUUUCUGUUGAAAUCAGCCCCAUUUGCCGUGAGGAUUUAAUCUGUCUGCCUCCUAAAGUUGCUCUAAGUUUGGGAAAUCUUGGCCCAAUUGUGAUUUGCACUAAGGUUACCAACAGCAUUGCUUUGCUUGAUCCAUUCACCUUGAGGUACUGUUUCUUAGAUGCUGAUCAGUAUUGGAGGUCAUCCUUCAAGUCUUUACUUACUAGCAGACAGUUAGUGGAGUAUAUAGUCCUGGAUGUGGAGGUUGUGUCAUCUGAGGUUACUGUUGGUGGCACGAAAUAUGUUUUAGCUGAUGCCCAAGUGGCUCGUGUGUCAGAUUUUGGAAAGAAUGACACAAUAUUUUCCAUCAAGACUCAUCUUGGCCAUCUUUUAAAUCCUGGUGAUUAUGCUCUUGGUUAUGACCUAUAUGGGGCUAAUAAUAACGACAUUGAAUUGGACAAAUACAAAGGACUUAUCCUUCCUGAUGCAAUUUUAGUAAAGAAGAGUUAUGAAGAGAAGCGCCAGAAGAAACGUGGGAAGGCUCGUUCAUGGAAGCUUAAAUCACUCAACAUGGAGGUUGAUGAUAAGGUGGCUAGAGCUGACCCAGACAAGAUGCACUCAGAAUACGAACAAUUCUUAAAGGAUCUGGAAGAAAACCCCGACCUGAGGUUCAACAUAUCACUGUACCGAAAUAAAGAGUACCAGCCAUCAGAGAUAGCAUCAGUGACUGAUGGGGAAGAGCUUCCUUCUGUUCCCCUGGAGGAGCUACUGGCUGAUCUUGAGCUGGGUGAGGACGAAGAUGAGGAGGACGACAUGAUGGAAUAAACAAAAGCAGCUGAUGUCCUAAUAUAGAAUUUUAUGAAUCUUUGGUUUUGUUGACUUUAAUGGUGUUUGUUUUAAUGUUUGUGUUAAUUUGUAGUCUCUGUUGAUGUUUUGUUUAUUAAAGAAUGAAAGGAUGGUUAUUUUGCUGGAGAUUGUUAUAAUACAAUACAAGAAGUUAUUGUUCUAA